AUGCACCAGACCUGGCACCUUCUCCACAAAGACUUCGAAUUCGGGAAACUUCAUGGCCGGCCAGUAAUGGCGACCACAGCAUCCGGCUCCUAUACCUGUCGCCUGUUCUUCGUAUAUGACCGCUCCACAUCCUUGAGUUUCCUCAUUGAUACCGGUUGUACCAUCCGUUAUGUUGACAAUGAAAUUCGCCACGUUUAUUAUGCCCCCAUUUGUAACCCCCGCCCCAUUUUUGUGUUUACUCCGGCUUUGUUUUGCCUCCCCGGAGGUUCUGGUAUUACGCGUCACUCGAAGAUACCGUUCGAAAGUUACACCGGUGCUGAGCUGAUGUCAUAUACUCUGCAGGCAGCCAACGGUACGAGCAUUAAGACCUAUGGUGAACAGCUUCUUACUCUCGAUCUAGGUCUUCGUCGUCAGUUCCCUUGUGUUUUCACAGUGGCCGGCAUUAAAAAACCCAUUAUUGUUCUGGACUUCCUCACAUCAUUUGGUCUCACAGUUGAUCUCCACAGACGGCAGUUGCUUGACAAUUCGAUGACUCUCUCUGUAAAUGGCAAAGCUUCAUUCAUUAAUUCUAUUGGAAUCCGUCCAGCUUUGCCGGGUAACCGUUACACAGCACUGCUUCGUCAAUUUUCAGAGAUCCUGAAACCUGCUUCCAAGACCACUUCCGUAAAACAUGAUGUUUUCUACCAUAUCUCGACAAAAGGCCCACCCACCGCAUCCCGCCCACGACGGUUAGCUCCGGAAAAGCUUGCCAUAGCCAAGACCGAAUUCCAACAUUUGCUUCAACUGGGUAUCAUACGACCAUCAUGCAGCCCCUGGUCAUCUCCACUACAUAUGGUCCCCAAAAAGUCCGAAGGAGAUUGGAGACCAUGUGGCAAUUAUCGCACACUAAAUCGUGUCACUAUCCCGGACAAAUACCCAAUUCCGUAUCUACAUGAUUUCGCUCUUACUCUUCGCGGCAAAUCUGUCUUCAGUAAAUUAGACCUUGUCAGAGCAAACCACCAGAUACCUGUCGCUCCGGACGAUAUUCCCAAAACUGCUAUCACCACUCCAUUCGACGACCCCAAACUAAUGACCAAGCCGAUUGUGGUCAUAUCCUCCUGUGCUCCCGAAAACAGGCCGACAAAACUAGCUGCAUUGCUGGACAGCAGUUUUUCUUCGACCACCACUGGUUUCUCGCCCAACAAAGGCAGGGAGACCCUGAAGGGGGCAAACCCCACAUGCAAGAAGCGCCCAGACUACGUGGAGCUAUCAAGCUAUCAAGCUAUCAGAGGACACAGCUGCAGCCGUGCAGCCGUGCACUCGUCAACAAAGUCACAUCCUGUGAACAGGACUGAGUCAGAAGUGCGGGGACAAGAAGCGAGGCCAAUCUCCGGCUCCACUCCGUCAAAAGCAGCCUCUCUGCUUGUGGACACAACCGUCGCCCAGGACUCCGACAACCAAAGGCAUACACAUGACUACAGCCAUCCGGAAAACCCCUCGUACAUCCAGUUGGCCACGCUGAUCGCUGGCGGAUCGGGUGCCCACACAAACACGAAAGAAGAGCGACUCCCUUCGAGUCCCCCUGAAGAUGACCAAUUCCUCAUACAAACCUUUGAGCGACUUUCCUCCAACUACCACUUCACUCAUCUCCUGCUGGUAGGUGACUUCAACGCCCCAAAGGCCUCCUGGAUUGAGCUCCAGCGCGUCGAAUCAGGCGGACGUUUUUCAGCGACGCUUUUUGAAGUCGUUCAACAGAGCGCAUGGACCCAACAUGUCGUUGCACCCACCAGAUACCGAGCAGGCCAACUACCAUCCCUCCUGGAUUUGAUCAUCACCAACGAAAGACAAUUCGUUGAUCAGGAUUCCGCCAAUACCUUUAUUAUGCAUUGUGAAAAGGGACCAGAAAACAUCAUGAGGAUAGAUGCCAAAAAGGAUUUGGGCGUCUGGGUCUCCUCAAACUUGUCCUUCUCACUGCACCAUGAGAAAUCGGCCCAAAUGGCAUUCGCCAUUUUACGGAUGAUCCGACGUACCUUCUCCCGUAUCACUCGCAUGGACUUCCAAAUACUCUAUGGGGCCUACGUCAGACCGCUCGUGGAGUACGCCAACCAAGUUGUCUACUCAGGACGCACGAAAGACGUCACCCUCACCGAGCGUGUCCAGCGGGCCGCUACGAGAAUGGUUGCCGGCCUCAAAUCCGUGGACUCCGGAACGCGUCUCGCGAUGAUUGAUCUAUUUCCCCUGGAGUGCCGUCGCCUCCGACGGGACCUAAUUCUUAUUUAUGCCCUGUUUGAACAGAGCUUGGCAAACAGGUUUUUCACCGUCGACCCAGCGAAAACACGGCGGGGACAUAGUGAACGGCAGCCACUGACCGACAAGAACAGAACCGACCCGGACAACUUGGGCAAAAGCCUCGAUCCUGUGUAUCCAUCUUACUCGACAUCUUACGUCGUCUUGUUCGAAGUAAAGAUGUCAACUUUUGUAACGAUUGUGAGGGAAACCGGAUCCAUGGACACGGAGACGAUUGGAGCUGCGGAGGAAACAAUUGCAAUGCAGUUUACUUCGCGCCCUGGUUCUUCUAUGAAAGCUUUAAGGAUUGCUCAGCUCCAGGAGUAUCGGGUUAUGCGGCAGGUCGAGCUCCAGCGGGCUCUUUUAGAGGCACAUAGCAUAACUAAGUUGGCUAAAAUUGAGCUAGAGGCCGAAGAGGACUCACAAGAUGAAGUCUGGGAACCAGUAGCCUCAAAUAAACAAUUAGCGGGGUACGUGAAACAACGUCAGACAGAUGAAAGACCACUAAGAUACGCUGAUGAAAUCAGAGGGCCAAAACCAGCCAUCUCCGUCACUCCAGCAUCAGCCGCUAUGGACCUACAAAAGGUGGAACUAUCAUACUUUGAUGAUGCCAAAAAGGAUUUGGGCGUCUGGGUCUCCUCAAACUUGUCCUUCUCACUGCACCAUGAGAAAUCGGCCCAAAUGGCAUUCGCCAUUUUACGGAUGAUCCGACGUACCUUCUCCCGUAUCACUCGCAUGGACUUCCAAAUACUCUAUGGGGCCUACGUCAGACCGCUCGUGGAGUACGCCAACCAAGUUGUCUACUCAGGACGCACGAAAGACGUCACCCUCACCGAGCGUGUCCAGCGGGCCGCUACGAGAAUGGUUGCCGGCCUCAAAUCCGUGGACUCCGGAACGCGUCUCGCGAUGAUUGAUCUAUUUCCCCUGGAGUGCCGUCGCCUCCGACGGGACCUAAUUCUUAUUUAUGCCCUGUUUGAACAGAGCUUGGCAAACAGGUUUUUCACCGUCGACCCAGCGAAAACACGGCGGGGACAUAACCUGGAGGACCAGAAACCGAUGUUAGCCAAACUUCUAGCCAUUGAACAACUGGAUAUGAGAGACUACAAGUGUUUCAUGGACGCCCUUCGCCAUAUAACUCAAUGGGUCACGGAUGUACACAAACCGUUACAACAUAGUAAGGCUGCACUUGGUAGUUCACUAGCCGAUCAGCUUGAGCAAUUGACGGUCAAACGGAACUUGACUGCCAGACAGGUGAAGAAACUUCUACGAGCCGUACUCACAAACGAAGACGUAGUUUCUGUGUUUCGACGCUACAUCAAUCUGAAUGAACCAGAAACGGGUGAAUUGUCGGCACGUACGAAACGUCGCGUCAAGAACCUAGGAAUUCUUCGAGGAUCGAGCAACUCUCAGUCCAAUGCGCUGUUCGCUGACCAACUGCUUGAGCCUAGAGUUGUCACACGUUCACUAGCCGAUCAGCUUGAGCAAUUGACGGUCAAACGGAACUUGACUGCCAGACAGGUGAAGAAACUUCUACGAGCCGUACUCACAAACGAAGACGUAGUUUCUGUGUUUCGACGCUACAUCAAUCUGAAUGAACCAGAAACGGGUGAAUUGUCGGCACGUACGAAACGUCGCGUCAAGAACCUAGGAAUUCUUCGAGGAUCGAGCAACUCUCAGUCCAAUGCGCUGUUCGCUGACCAACUGCUUGAGCCUAGAGUUGUCACACGGUCGUUGGCUCGUACUAUACAGCAUUCUUUGCGAGAAUUUCUCCCGGUGGAUCCGUCCACACAUUGUAAACAGCCGUCCACCAUUCUGGAUAUGGAGUUUUCCGAUGAAGAAGACACUUCCGACGCACGGGGCAAUGCAACCGAGAAAACUUGUCAUACACGUGAUGAGGACUAUCAACCCGGUCCUUUUGAUCUGUACAUCUUGGAGCGUGAUAACAUGUUGGACCAAAUUGUCGGACCAGAUAAUUCUGUGAAAGCAUCGCGCAACCGUCUUGAGGAGUCUACAACCAGUGUGCCUCAUGAUGAGGACUCAAACGAGUCGAGAGACACAAACAGCGACUCUUCCACUUCGGCACACUCCGCGUCACUGGUGGACAUCAAUCAAUGGUUAUCUAACGAUAAGCCUACGGCAGAGGAGCUCGACAAUUCUACAUACACCAAUCGGCUACGUUCAAGCCAUCUACCCACAACACCGGUUGACAGAUCCCCCGCCACAUCUACUAUCCACAAUGUGAGUCUGGGGCUGAACGAAAAACGAAACGGAACGGGUACAGUUACGGAUACCCUCGCAUCAGAUGCCGAACAGGAUGAUCUAGCUGCUGCAUCCAAUCCACAGUCAGAAGAUGCACAGGGAGACGCAGAUGAUCGUGAAGAUGAUGUUUACACCGAGUUCUUGCGAUCUUUGUUCGCAUCUGAUACGAGUGCACAAAAUUCACCUCAGAAGAGGGCUCGUAUUUCUCCAAACAGUGUGCCUCUCGGGCAGCGUCGAACUGGACACCGAGAGCAGGAGCGAACGGACGGUCUCACGCAUUGGCCGACUGUAGCUACACCACAUUCUCCGAGUACACUCGAUCGGAAUCACACGAAAGAAAACGACAAUCAGGACGAGGCAGACGAUGAGGACGAUGACCCAGACGAUCCUGAAUUCGAUGUGAUGGCCGAACUGGAUCAAGUGAAUCGAGAAGACUUCUUUGAUGAGCUUCGUGACGAUCGGGCUGUCCGCGUAUCCAAGCAAGAAGCAAAAACACUUCAUCGAGAUAUGCAGGCUCUGUUCAGUGAUGAGGAUGACGAUGGUCAGGGUGCAGCAUCCGGCAAACCACCCGCCUCCGCCGUGUAUGCAAUUACGUCCCAUUGUCAUCGCCUGCUCCAAGCAAACCGUGUUGCAAAACGAGAACCUAUUGACUCUGAAACAGAAGAACAACAAGGUUGCACCUCAGCUAACGAUAAUGUUGCCAUGCCUAGCAUGCAAAGUACAAUCAAGGAACAGAUGGCUUUGGCAUUGGAACAGAUACAACCUGUCAGGACUCUGACCGAGGUUCAAAUGCAGCAGCUACAAAGGCAACUGGGUAUGCACAUCCAACUGCUCACGACCAACUUCUUGUGCACCUACGAUUUUGUCCAUCUGCACUCGUCGGUCACACGAGUUUGUGCGAGCGCUUUAAAAGAACUGGCCUCCAGGCGCGACGCGUUCGAUCUCAUGGCACAACAAAGGUCGCAAUCAAUGGGAAGCAGGCACCAACCGACAAGCUUCUACCGAUCCUGUCCGACUUUGGACGAGGCUGUGCAGCUAAUCACCGACUACGCUGGUCUGUCUUUUCUCCCACUAUUACCUCGCAAUCCACAUCGACCGGGGAGUGAUGUUUCUUCGCCGUCUACAAAGAACUCACGGGUUCCCGUUGCGCCGUCUAUACCACUGCCACACUGCUUGCUACGAUUGAUGGUCAACAACCGCAUUUGGUCGUACCCUUAUCUAAUGCCCAGUUCCCUACCAUCUAAACCCGAUCCACUAAGCGGACCGCAGUGUCGUCGUCGGAUCUUUUUCCACUCGUCGGAAGAUGCCCUUAUUCUUCUGGGAUUAGCCGAUUUCUCUGGAACAUAUAUUCCACCGGAACCGGAAUCGGAUGAGCCACAAUUCAAUCACAGUCGAUACCUUACGUACCGUCUGAUUCAGAAACAUUUGUUACCUCACCGAAACCUCUUGCAAUUGCGCACACGUCGAUGGAGCUUGCUAUCCAAUCACUCGUCCCAGGAAAAGCUGAUGUCAUUAGCAAACUUGCCUUUGGCUACUAGACACCUUGUUCAGCUGUUUUCUGGUAUUUCGUCAACUUCUCCUUUGAAUAAACGAACACUGCACAAAUUGGCUGAUGAAGUGGCUGCUUGUUCUAUUCCGCAUCGUAUCUCACUCAGACUGGGCUGCCUGUCAGAAAUGCCGUUUCAGGAUUUGUUCCGACGUGAUGCCCUACCUCCUCAUAGUGGGUAUGAGACAUUUCUGUUGAAUGUCAACACCGAGGGCUCGUGUCGAGGCGAAUUCUCGAAAAUGGUCCAUGACUUGCUCACGGAUUUCUCCCAACAAGCACAAUGUUUGUGGUGGUCCCAUGAACAUAUCAGCGUUAAACCAGAUUGGUCGUCUGUUUCUCCAUUACCCAUACCUGGCCCGAUUGCUAUCAAACCAGAGGAGACUGGUGAUUCAGUGCCGCGGGAUUUGGGUCUACUGGGACCCACAUUUUUACCAGCCAUACCUGUAGACUUCACACCAGAUGGGCAAGUUGUGGUAAAUACCGAACUAGAACCCGCUUUGGUUGAGUUCGAUGCAACUUCAGAUUCAACUAAACUAUGUCGUGGGACCAAGUCGACCGCCAUUCCUCACCAACCCAGCAAUUACAGAGUGAUGUCACAUGACACACCGAAGCCCAGCAUUGUGGAUCAUAUUGAGUCCGUACUUGCUCAAUUACGCAAGUGGGCUCUGCAGGAGGAUCGGUGUUCAAAACGUCGCAAUCCAACCGAGCUGACUGCGGGGACGCUUCGAUUCUUAGCUUCUGCAUCGCCCGUCGCUGGAAAGCUUCCUCUACCGCGGUUACCUACAAGUUCCGCGGCGCAACGUCGUCCUCUCCUUCCACGUCCUUCUGAUGCGAGCAAACGACCUGCUGCAGAUGCUGCUUCUCUCGCAUCCAGAGAUGUACAGCCAUCUCCAAUGCCUAUCGAUACACAUUCUUUCCGAGAGCCUUCUCUCGAUUCUAACUUGAGCCGAUGUCAAAAAACAGUGAACUUUUUGGCCGAUCAGUUUCAUUUUGGUUUGGACAAAGUUGUUCACACAUACGGUGAUUUGAUUUUGGGCUGCAACAAAUUUCAGCCCAUUUCAAAGGCUCUCCCGUGCGCGAACGAUGGCGGGAAUUUACAGAUGACAGCACCUGAUUGUCCCACCAGUCAGCAACCCAUUUCGGUUUUCUCAGGAUCUUGUUUUCUAACGCCGGCUCGAUUUAUAAAUCGAUGUAAAGCCCGUGGUGAGGCUACAACAGCCGAUUUGUUCACACUGCCCUCUUCUGUGUUACCCCAACGUCAGUCCACCUUGGAUGAGUUUGACGUUCAUCGGGCUCGAUCACUUUUGGAUCGAUGUCGUGCUUAUUUAUCCCCCUCUGAAUACGGCAACCUGGUUCUCACACUGAGGGAGUUGAAUCGUAUUGUUUACGGGCAUGAUUCUUCUAGCUUUUCAGCUGCUCAACGCCACAAAGCCAUUUUGCACACAAUUGCUUCUGUUUUGCAACAGUUACGUGAGCAUCGUGCGCUAUGGGAGGAUUUUCUCUCUCUACUGGUCGUGGAACAGGCUAAAGAUUUGGGAUUACUGACGACAUUCAGAAACUUAGCUCGAAUAGACCGUGUGCAACGUGUGCUGCACGAGCUGGUACCACGAGGCAAGCGAUUUUGGCGUCGUUUGCGCAACUUGGCUGAUGGUGUCUGUCAUGAAGAUGGACAGACUUCGAGUACAUCUACUGAAGCUGGUGGCAGCACCAAAGGAUCGCAGAAGACUCAUCGGUCUAUGCGCCCCACAGAUAGGUUUCGUUGGGAAUCCGCCAAAGCCCGUUUUCGACUUUUACGAGGCAAAGGGGUACGUACAAAGUCGGUUCGUGCACCGCUUUCAAAGACUUGGUCAUUCCUGGAGAGUGCUUGGAGAAAUCGUCCAGUCCUCAUAUCGCGGUUGGCUUGUCUACUUAACAAUGCCCACAAACCAUACUCUGGUUUUGAACAAGGGUUUGAAGAAAUCGAUCUCCUAUCCAGACAUUCAUUGGACACGCUUCCUACCAGCGGAUACCAAGAAUCUGAGCAAGCAUCUUUCCCCCCCAAACCGAUUCCACGAAACUCCUCGCUAAUCGAUGGAUGGGAAGUUUCGACUGUUCUUUCGGCUGCUGCUGCCAGGCGGCAUCGGCUAGGUGGUUCCGGUCCAACUUCAGCCCACCGAACUUGUCCGUGUCCUUGUCACCCCAGUUCUGCAGCAGUUACAGCCACGACAGGAAAGCUGAGUAAACUGGAUAGUUUGGGUCGAAGACAUUGCAUUUCUUGUGGACUCCGCGUUCAACGCGGCAUUGUAUACAUGGAUGAGUACAAUCUGCACCUACGCAACGUGGAAAUCGUCUGGCCUGCAGACUUCAAACCCAAGGCUCCUUUGAUGCCUGCGACGACUAACAAAAACCGGACAACUUCAGAAUCGGGCCAGCCGAUCCCUGGUCGUUCAGGCGCACAGGCCGGCUACUUACCAACUCGUAGUAUCCUGGCGCAGCUUGCUGAGCACCACAAUCAGAUGCGAACAAAACAAAACGACCUGAAUCAGUCAUUUACCUUACCUGACAUAGCUAAGCGACGUGUAUCCAUAGAAUUUGUUCGCGCAUGUAAGACAGAGCUCAUGCCUCCGCUUUCUACUGCGUCUUCAGAAGACAUAGCAAAUCGACCCGUCGUGAACCAAGACGCGGACACACUGUACAACAGGGAAGAUGCAUCUCCCGAAUCCUCUCCGCCAACUACACCUGUUGAAUCUCCUGUUGCUCUGGCAUCUCCAACUCAUUGGUUUCUGCAUGAUGAUGAUGCUGCUUGCUUCAAUACAGAGGCGUUUACGAACUCAUCAGCCACAAGGACAUCAUCGUCCUAUGCCUAUAAUUCGGAAGUAUGGGCCUCCAUGCCAUCACCGCCAACUCAGCUCAACCAAGAUUCCACUCUUUGGCAUCCAGAGGAGGAUAGACAGUUGCUGGAGUUUAAAUCUGAGCAAGCAUCUUUCCCCCCCAAACCGAUUCCACGAAACUCCUCGCUAAUCGAUGGAUGGGAAGUUUCGACUGUUCUUUCGGCUGCUGCUGCCAGGCGGCAUCGGCUAGGUGGUUCCGGUCCAACUUCAGCCCACCGAACUUGUCCGUGUCCUUGUCACCCCAGUUCUGCAGCAGUUACAGCCACGACAGGAAAGCUGAGUAAACUGGAUAGUUUGGGUCGAAGACAUUGCAUUUCUUGUGGACUCCGCGUUCAACGCGGCAUUGUAUACAUGGAUGAGUACAAUCUGCACCUACGCAACGUGGAAAUCGUCUGGCCUGCAGACUUCAAACCCAAGGCUCCUUUGAUGCCUGCGACGACUAACAAAAACCGGACAACUUCAGAAUCGGGCCAGCCGAUCCCUGGUCGUUCAGGCGCACAGGCCGGCUACUUACCAACUCGUAGUAUCCUGGCGCAGCUUGCUGAGCACCACAAUCAGAUGCGAACAAAACAAAACGACCUGAAUCAGUCAUUUACCUUACCUGACAUAGCUAAGCGACGUGUAUCCAUAGAAUUUGUUCGCGCAUGUAAGACAGAGCUCAUGCCUCUGCUUUCUACUGCGUCUUCAGAAGACAUAGCAAAUCGACCCGUCGUGAACCAAGACGCGGACACACUGUACAACAGGGAAGAUGCAUCUCCCGAAUCCUCUCCGCCAACUACACCUGUUGAAUCUCCUGUUGCUCUGGCAUCUCCAACUCAUUGGUUUCUGCAUGAUGAUGAUGCUGCUUGCUUCAAUACAGAGGCGUUUACGAACUCAUCAGCCACAAGGACAUCAUCGUCCUAUGCCUAUAAUUCGGAAGUAUGGGCCUCCAUGCCAUCACCGCCAACUCAGCUCAACCAAGAUUCCACUCUUUGGCAUCCAGAGGAGGAUAGACAGUUGCUGGAGUUUAGUAAGGCCCGGGGUCGUUACAGCUCAUCAAUGUUCACCGAUUUAGCCCGUUGUUGGAUUCCGAAGCCAUAUCCGGACUCAGUAUCUCGCACGGCCUCCGAACUGGAGAUGCGAUUCAAAAAACUCAUGAGGCUGACUCUUGGGGAUGCCUAUGACUCAGACUUAUUCUUAAGUCCCGAAAGGAUUGAAUCAGACCAAGAUGUGUGAUGCGAAGUCCCUUUUUCACAGCCUUAUCGCUCUUAUUAACUCCUUAUGACUUCAUUUUCUUGUACAGCCAUUUUCUUCUACUUUUCUUAUGUGAGGUCUUGUAAUUAACUUUCACAGUACUAGGUUUCAGCACAGAGCACGAUCGCCCAUGUCAAUAAAUCCGUCCUCUC